AUGAGUAAAGCAUUGACACUGGAGUUAAUCCACAUGAAAACCAAAACGAAUCGAAUAGACAGCAUUAAGAAUUUAAACCUUUGGGGAAACGACUUAGAUGACAUUUCUAUAGUUAAUUAAAUGAAUGCUUUAGAAGUGCUUUCUCUUUCUGUUAACAAUAUCUCUACUCUAAAGGAUGUCCAAAAUUGCUAUAAUCUCAGAGAGCUCUACUUGAGAAAAAACUCUCUCUCUGACAUUCAGGAAGUUAGAUAUUUGCAGCCUUUAAGAAAGCUUAGAAUUUUAUGGCUCGGUGAAAAUCCAAUAGCAGAUAUCUAAGGUUACAGGCAAUUUGUGAUUAAGUGCCUUCCUCAAAUUGAGAAGUUAGAUAAUGACAUGAUUUCAGGAGAAGAAAAAUAGAGAUCUGACAAUGUUGAUCUAGAUGAUUUCGGGGGACAGGUACCCUAAUCUAAAAUUUCCCCACCGAGAAAGGAAUAAUUGCAAGCAUACAAUCAACCUCCGAAAAGAGCAUAAACAUAAUUCUAGGCUUAGUAAGAUUUCUCAGGAGAUGAUAUGAUGGAUAAUUUUGUAUCAUAAAAGCAACCUUAGGCCUAAUUUGCAUAUGGUGGUGGAGGGAAAGUUCAAAGAAGUCCACCGUAAAGCAAAAGGAACAUUGUCCAAGAUGGUUAUAACUCACCAAGGUCCAACAAUCGUAAUGACAGAAAUAUCUCGCCUCAAGAGAAUUUCGGAGGAGCUGGGGCUGGUUUCGCUGCAGCAAAGGUAAAACAUUCUCCUAAAUAGAGUUAUCAAUAACAAUAUGAUUCACAGCUUGACAGAGGCAUCGGUGGUGGAAUGUAUGAUGAACCUCCAAGAUAAUAUGAGCAGCAGCAGUAAUAGAGAAAACCAUAUCAAUAGGCGUAACAGCAAAUGCCUCAUCAUAACUACUAAAGAGCAUAGACUGCAUAGGUUGAUUAUGAAAGAAAUGAACAAAGUCCGAUAGGUAAUAAAAAGGCAGGUGGCGGUGGCGCUGGUGAUCUUACUGGCCAACUGCAGCCUCACUAGGUUAGAGAGAAGAAAAAUGGAACCAGAGAGCAAUUUAGGAACGAAAAUAUUCUCUGUGCAAUAAUUGCAUUAAUGAAGGAACUUGACAAGAGUGGUCUUGAAUUCGUAAAGAAAGAUUGUGAGAAGAGACUAUAGAAAUUAGAGUGA